AUGGAGUCGCGGAACACCCUGUAUAUGUUACACACAUACAUUCCUUUCUGACCUACCUUUCAUAUAGGUUCCAUCGUAAUUUAUAUCAUAAGCGAAUGUAUAACGGCUGAUUUUCAGCAGUGAACUAAAUCGAUAAAGAAAUUCGUCCUUAUAUUUCCUUGUCUUUAUAUUUUCGAAUCUACAAAUAAUUUAAAAGAAUUUGGUUAAGUAUUAGAUGUUUUUUUUUUCUUUUUUAACAGAAGAAAAAUUUUAUUAAGCCCUUAUCUAUGUACGUCUUUAAAAGUUGAAAAAGAAUAUUAUAUUAUAUUCCUUCAUUAUAUUCCUCAAACUUGUUAUGGUCAUACACAGUUAUGGCUACUAUCGAUGCAGAAAUUAAUAAGAAGAAGAAUAAUUACUUAGCAGCAUAUCACAUUCUAAAAUUUUCAAAAAGUGACAAGAAUGAUACAGAAGCUGUAGAUAUUGAACGCAGAUGUUUUGCUAUCAAAUAUUUAACAGCAAGACAAUCUGAGUCAGAAGAUAUGGCGGCUUGUCUACUCCAAAAAAGCUUGGAAGAUUAUCAAGGCUUAAUGGAAAAUAGAAAUGGUGUAAAUAAUUAUUGGAAGCAAUGUAAGCUACAAACACCAAAAAUCACUAAUAAUUCACAGAAAUGGAAGUCAGGUUUAUGUGAUGUAGAUAUAGCGCUAAACUUUGUGAAACCUUUGGCUUGCCAAGAUAACAAUAGCAUGCCUUGUCGUGAAAGAUGCUUCAAUGACAGACAUGUAGAAAAUAUUAUCAAUGUAUGGAAGAAUAAAGAAAUUGUAUCGAGAAAUAGAAAGAUAAGUAUUCACGCAAAAUCACAUCUUAAUCAGAGUCCAAGUACAAGCCAUAAAAAAGAAAUUGAAGAUAAUGUGCAAUGUGAAGUUGAUAAGUCUUCCUUUUCAUCCAAUAGUUCUGCAGAUGAAAUUAUUAGUACACAAGUGAAUUGUAAUAAACAAUUAAAGAUAUCUAAGUUUUACUCUGUGAAUCAAGAAAAUCAAAAUUACAUUAAACAAAAGUCUACUAAGUUUGAACCUAAAUCACACUUCAAAUUUACAAGAGAAGAGUCACUUAAAGCAUGUAAAAAUAAUCAGGAAUUGAAUUAUCAUAGAAAUAAUAUGAAAUUAAAAGCACCAGUCUCUGUCCAGCAUGAUGAAAAAGAUUCUAACAUUGCUAAAUCUAAAAUGAACUUUUUCAAAACUGCCAGAGACGAAUUAAACGUACAGCAAAUGAAAACUAAUAAGCCAAUGCAAAAGAAGACUUUAGGUGGGAAGGGAUCGAUUAAUUCUCAGUUUGUUUGUCCAUUUAAAAGGGAAAAAGAGAAAGCUCAAGAAAAUGCAUAUAAUAACGAAAGUGAGUCAAUGGAAAUAGGAGAUGAGAGACUUAAAAAUGUAGAACCAAAAAUGGUUGAACUAAUAAAGAACGAGAUAAUGGAUUCAAAAACAACUAUUUGUUGGGAUGACAUAGCUGGUCUAGAAUAUGCAAAGAAAAUUAUAAAAGAAGUAGUUGUAUAUCCUAUGUUGAGACCUGAUAUUUUCACUGGUUUACGUAGACCACCUAAAGGAAUCUUAUUGUUUGGCCCACCAGGUACAGGAAAAACACUUAUAGGAAAAUGUAUAGCAUCACAGAGUAAAUCAACAUUCUUUUCAAUAUCAGCGAGCUCCUUAACUUCAAAGUGGAUAGGCGAGGGAGAAAAGAUGGUCAGAGCAUUGUUUGCUGUUGCUAGAGUUUAUCAGCCAUCAGUAAUUUUUGUUGAUGAAAUAGAUUCAUUACUUACUCAAAGAUCCGAGACUGAACACGAAAGUUCUAGAAGAUUAAAAACUGAAUUUUUAGUGCAGCUGGAUGGAGCUGCAACUGCAGACGAAGAUCGUAUUUUAAUUGUAGGAGCAACGAAUAGACCACAUGAACUAGACGAAGCAGCACGUAGACGAUUGGUCAAAAGACUAUAUGUUCCCCUGCCUGAAUUCAAAGCUCGUAAACAGAUCAUAAAUAAUUUAUUAAUAACUGUUCCACAUAAUCUUACUGAAGAGGAUAUAAAUAAUGUAACUGAACAAUCAAAAGGAUAUUCUGGAGCCGAUAUGUCAAAUUUAUGUAAAGAAGCUAGCAUGGGACCAAUCAGAAGUAUUCCAUUUAAUCAAUUAGAGAAUAUUAGAAAAGAAGAUGUCAGACAGGUAACAGUUGAUGAUUUCAAAGAAGCAUUGAUACACAUGCGUCCGAGUGUAUCAGAAUCAAGUCUAACAACUUAUGUUGAAUGGGAUGCUAUAUAUGGAACUGGAACAGCGCAGAAUUAUAAAGCAUAA